AUGAAGUUCACAUUAUCUACCAUUGCUUUAUUAGCUUCUGCUGUCUCUGCUGCUGUUACCGACAUCGAUCUCUACAUCGAUUCCCAAAACAAGGAAGUUGACGGAAACAGUCUUCAACCUCUCCACGAAGGUGCUGCUAUCCAAUACCUUUUCUUGGGUCAUCAACAAAAUGCCUUCCAAUAUGACUCUGAUACCCAGGUCUUAAGUGGUCCAAACCCUCCACAAACUCCUUUCGCUAACAACUUUAGCAUUGUUGACCACGUUGCUUGGACUUCUUCUUCCACUGAAGCAACUAAGGUUACCAUUAUUGGUGGCCACAGCGCCGACAGAGGAUUCUUGGCUAUUAACGGCUCCUCCGAUGGUUUCUAUGCUGUCAAGAACAUCAACGACCCAUACCAGUACUCCAACCAGCAAUACGCUCUCGUCUACUACCCAGACGGUGGCCAACCAGAUGGAGCCAUCUCUGUCAACAUCAGAACUCACACUUCUGACAACUCCACUUCUAACGACUCUUCAGCUUCAGCUUCCCCAUCAGCAGCUGCUUCUUCCGCACCAAAGGUCACCCCAGCUAACGGUGCUGGUGCCAACGCUGUCAGUGGUGCCGUUCUUGGUGGUGCUGCCCUUUUAGCUAUGUUGAUCUAA